CAUCACCAGAGAAGCUUUGCUAUUAGUUUAAAAGAUGGAUAACGCAUCGAUCAACAGCCAAAUCCUGCGAAUCGAGGGGUUUGAAAUCUCCGCACAAUUUGUGUACCCUUUAUUUUUCCUGAUGCUGUUUGCCUACCUCGCCCUUGUAGUCUCCAACAUUGGAGUCCUUGUUCUCAUAAUCACAGAGAGGGGCUUGCACCAGCCCAUGUACCUGCUGUUCUGCAACCUGUCCGUGAACGAUCUGAUCGGAAACACGGUCCUGAUGCCUCGUCUGAUGUCGGACGUGGUCUCGCCCGAGCGCUACAUCUCGUACAGUCAGUGCGUCCUGCAGGCGUUCUGCAGCCACACGUUCGGGUCCGCCUCCCACUUGAUCCUCAUCAUCAUGGCCCUGGACAGGUACGUGGCCAUCUGCCACCCUUUGAGGUACCCCUCCCUAAUGACCACCAGGACCGUGGUGAAGCUCUCCGCCACCGCCUGGGGCGCCUCGCUCUUCCUGGUGUCCGUCUUGCUGGGCCUCACCAUCCGGCUGUCCCGCUGCAGGUCCACCAUUUUGAACGCCUACUGCGACAACGCGUCCCUGUUCAAGCUGUCCUGCGAGGACGUGACGGUCAACAACAUCUACGGGCUGUUCUUCACCGUGGUGCUGUUCGCGUCCUCCAUGGGCAGCAUCGCAGUCACCUAUUUCAGGAUCGCCGUCAUCUGCUGGACCAGGAAGAGCAAGGAGCUGAACAGCAAGGCCGCGCAGACCUGCGCCAGCCACCUGGUGCUGUACCUCAUCAUGCUGUGGACGGGCUUUUUGACCAUCAUCCUGCACCGCUUUCCCAACUACCCCGACCUGAGGAAACUGGCGUACAUUUUGUUUCACGUCGUUCCCGCCAACUUGAACCCCAUCAUCUACGGGCUCCAGACUAAGACCCUCAGAAAGAAAAUUGUGCAGAUUUUCAAGACCAAAGUGACCCAGUCUUAAUCGACCUUAAUAAAAAUUUGUUCGAAAAAAGUAAUGAAGGUGCGACAUUGGGACGGGAUGCAUUAAGUAAUUGUUUUUGAAUAUCCCGUAUUUAUGAAUGCAUUAUUUUUAGAGGUUAACUAAAAUGUGCUGUGUAACCAGAGAGCACAGUUUAUUUUAAUGUGAGGAUUCAACUUUAUUUAUUUAUUUUUUUAAAUACAUAUUGGAUAAUGAAAAAGGCCCAUUUGUGUUCUUUUGUAGCAUAAAAUAUUUCAGCCAUGCUUCUGUUAUA